CAGACACAUACAGAUGCGGCCAUGAAAUGUUCAAACGCUUUAGCUCAAACACUCAUCUGAUGUGGAGUAAACAGACAUAAAUGUGAACUCAGAAUGAAGACCCUCCUCAUGUUCAGCUUUUACCUGAUCUCAGUGACAGGAGACUCCACCAAUGAAGUGACAGCAUAUUCAGGAGGAGGAAUCAGGAUCAAAUGCAAAUAUGACGACGGACAUGAAACAAACAAGAAAUAUUUCUGCAAGGGUGAAAGUACACCAUGUGCUGACCAAAUUAAAACAGGAGCCAAACACACAUGGGUGCAUGAAGGCAGAUUCUCUGUGCAUGAUAAUACCAGUGCUAAAGUCUUCUGGGUGGUCAUGAGAAACCUCACAGUGGAGGACUCUGGAACCUACCAGUGUGGAGUGGAUAUAGAGAGAUGGACAGACACAUACAGACCAGUGAAACUGAAGGUGAACGCAGACACACCUAUGAAUGUUACUGUCUCACACUCCACCUACACCCCUCCAACACCUGAUCCCAGCACAUCGGUGUAUACUGAGUCCACAUGGUCAACUGGAGCUCACACAGUAAAUGAUGUAAACCUCCAAAGCAACAGUCCCUCACUCCAUGGUUCCACUUAUUGUCAGCAACUAUGAGGAGGUAAAAAACACCAGAAGUCGUUCUGUCUCAGACAAUCUAAUUCCUACAAUCUACUGUCCGUUUACCCAAAAACCCCUCUGAUCCCUCCCAGACUGUUUAUGCCCAAGUCCAGUUACCCACAAAGCCUUGUACUAUGUAUACCACUGCUCAACUACCAUCAAACACCUAUCAACAGAAAACUACUCUAUGGCUGAGUUACCCACAAGACUCUGAUGCUUCACAAUGAAUUUCUAUCAAACUCUUCAUAAAUUCCAUGACUCAAUUACCCACAAUUCUCUCUGACUCUUCAGUGAGUGACGCAUAGCAGUCUGCUGGGACAAUGGUGCAAGGUCAAUCUUAUGCAGUUCCAUAAGAAUUCAAACAUGGUUUAAUAAAACCAUCUUCAUUAUAGACCUGGGACCAUGUGACUAUAAUUCCUGUCCAUCAGGUUUAUGAAUAUGGUUAGAUUGACGUUUUAUUUUUAUCUGUUCUUAGCAAUAAUGAGGAGCCUCAGUAUUCUGUAGCAGUAUACAUAUCUAUCUGAGCAGACGUUUUGUUUCUUUUGAUCAAGAUGGUGUGUAUAGCUGAUGUGCAAGCUAGGAAAGCUUUCAUGUCUAAGAUAAGAUAGAAUCUCUCAAUUUUACUUGCUAUUAAAGUUAACAAUUUGAUAUAUAUUGUUAUG